UCAGAAAUGACGCAUUUCCCUGUUAAAUCUCAUUGGGUCUAUUAUUUAAACCGAACGUGAUCUCAAUAGCAACAUUUUCUCUUUCAUUUCUGCUAUGAAAACAAGUCGAUAUGUCUGCUUCGGUUAUUUUCUUUUUUAUUUUAGCGGGUGUUACAUUUGACUGUGUAACAGGUCGGGUAAGAUCUGCGCGUAGAAAUAUUCAAGGAAUUUCGAUGAGGGAACUUUCAAUUAGUUCUUCUGCUUCCUUCAGAUAUGCCCAUGUACUCGUGCGGAGCCUCGUUGAAAAUACCGACACAUCGGACCACGAGCUUAUGUUUCGAGUGAGAAUUCCUUACGAAGCAUUCAUCACGAAUUUUUCGAUAAUCACUAACGAUAACACGUAUAACGCUAUCAUCAAAGACAAGAAUGCAGCUUACGAAGAAUACCAGAAAGCGAAGGAAGAUGGAAUCAGUGCAGGUACCAUUACUCAACAGACGAGUGUUGCAGACGACAGAGAUAGGGAUAUCUUCAGGGUCAAGGUAAACGUUGCUGCGCAGACGACACUUGAAUUUCGGCUUCAUUAUGAGGAAAUGCUCUUGAAGAAUGCUGGAAAAUAUUCUCAGAAGAUUUACAUUGAUGUAAAUUCUUUUAUAGUACCACAGCUAGAAGUUAUAUGUGAAUUAAAAGAAAAACAAAGGUUUAAGGAAGUCACAUAUCAAACCCCUUUGAGUGUCGAAAGUAUAUAUUCGGAUGAUGAAAAAGUUACCGAAGAUGGAUAUUAUAUCAGGAAAUUUGAAUGGAAAGUUAGUGAGGCAGAUCAAAUAGCGGCCAACGAUGGUUUUAUGAAACCUUUCGAAAUAGAAUACGAACUAGAGCCUUCGGAAAAUGGGGGAAUGGUAUACAUUAAUGACAAUGGUGAAUUUGUCCAUAUGUUUUCAACGCCGUGCGAAGAAGCCAAUGUGAUGAUGAAACAAAUUGUUUUCGUUAUUGACAUCAGCGGUUCAAUGGCUGGCAAUCCAAUAAAGCAGGUUAGGCAAACAAUGUAUGAAAUAUUCAAGCUUCUCCGUUCAAAUGAUUUUUUUAACAUUAUCAUAUUCAAUAAAGAUGCACUCCUCUGGAAUCAGCAAUUUCAAAAAGCCACUGUUUUGAAUAUUGAAAGUGCUACAUUAUUCGUUGAGAAAAAAGUGGUGGCGGAAGGGUCUACUAAUAUUAACGAUGCCCUUUUAAAAGCUGUCGCAUUGUUUGGUCAAGAACAAGAUGGAGAUGACCGAGUCGGACAAAUAGUUGUUUUCUUAACUGACGGAGAACCAACAGUCGGAGUACAGAACCCAGAUCGAAUCAGGAGAAAUGUUCGCGACAAGAACUAUUAUGGAGGAAAAGAGUGUUGUAAGUCGAGUAUUUUCACUAUCGCCUUUGGUUCGGGUGCUGCAACAGACUUUUUAGAUGCUCUUGCCAACGAAAAUGAAGGUUUCUUGAAAGUAAUAAGAGACAAAAAUGACGGUGAAGACAUUCUUGAACUAUAUCACGGUGUAGAAAACCCUUACUUAAAAGACAUCAUUUUUAGUUUCAAAGCGGGUGACGAAGAUGUACCGGAAGAAAACACAACUCGUACAGAAUACCGACAAUACGACUGUGGAAAUGAGAUAGUUGUUGCGGGUGUGACCUUUCCUGGUGCGGAGCUUCGUCCAGUAAUUCAGGCAUCCAAUAACAAUGGCACAGUAAGUUAUGAGGAUAUGCAGAUAAUACGAACUGCCGCUGUGGAUGAAAAUCGCCUGUCGCGUCUUUUUGCUUAUCAAAGAGUCAAACAUCUUCUCAAGCAAGCCGAAAUAAUUGUAGAUGGUAACAAGCUUAGCUCAGAAUUAAUGAAGGAAAAGGCUCUAAAUAUAUCGUUGCAUUAUGGAUUUGUAACACCACUGACAUCUCUAAUAGUAACGGAAUAUUCGCCUAAAAAGAUGGCAUCACCACCAGCAAACCGUAUGGGAGCACUUGCUAAAUCACAGUCCGGUUCGUCGAAAUCCGUGCAGUAUGAUUUAUCAAACUUUUUUUACGAUGAUACGGACUUUGAUCAGCAGGAUAUAAGAAAUAAAACAAAUUCCGCUAACAACUUUGCUGUCAACAACAGCAUGUGCUUUGUCCUCUUUAUGGUCAUAUUGAGUCUUUAUUAAAGUCCAUUCUAGCUAUUGCUCAUUUUUAUUUUUACACAAUUAGAAUAACUGAUCAAACAAAAAAGGAAAUAUAAAAAAAAAAAGAGAAGAAACAAAUAAAAGAGGACAAUGAUAUAAAUU